AUGUCUAACCUUGCAAAAAACUGUACAUUGAAAGACAAAGGCUACACUAACUACAGCCUUCGAGCAUCUGGAGUAACAACCUUGAAACGCAACGACUAUAAUGAUAAGCAAAUCAUGUCCGUCACCGGCCACAGAAGCAGUGCAAGUUUGAACAUAUAUCAGAAAGUUGCAUCAGAUGAAAAACUUAGAAUGGGUUUAACACUUGGCUAUGCACUUACUGGAGAUCCUAGCUGUCUGACGAAAGAAAACGAGGUAGCCUGUGUUUACCAGCAGCAUCCUCAUGACAACCACCCCAAACAAUCAUCCAAUGCAACCCACCUUUCUUUCCGUAGGCCUACCACUGGCACUGGAAACCAAAUUGUGCCUCUUCACAAGCGACAAGCUCCCCGUUUCACAGAAACUGCAACAAUUACCAAACGACCAUGUCUGCACAAUCUCCAGAGAGCAAACUCUUCAAGUUCUGUAACAGCUAAGCAGUCUUCAACAUAUGAUGACUCGAUGUUCGAAGAAAACAAUGCAGUUAGCGAUGCAGAGUUGCUGAAAGCAGUAAAUGAGUAUGAAGAAGCUACAAUAUCAGAGAAUGUUCAAUUCAUGCAGUCAUCUCAGACUGACUCAAAGAAAAUACAGUGCAUUUCCAGGCAAAUAUUGAAGAAGAUGAGCCCACCUACAAUCAGUAAUUGCAAAAUUGAAGGUGGAAUUAUUAUUAACAUUCAUAAAGAUUGA